UGAUUGGCAUGGACGGCGUCCAGUGGGCUCGGGCGGGCCCGGGUACCUGCGCGGGGCCGAGCGGGAACUGCCGCGCGGCGGCUGAGGCAGCACGGGGCGGUGGCGGACAUGUUCCAGGGCGCGGAUGGCGAGGCUGGCGGAUCGAGCUCCAGAUCCAUGAAGUCCCCUAGAGGAGGGGAAUUAAGCAAUCUUUUUGGAAGCCCAGAAGAAGCUGUUCCUUCAAGCAAGCCUAAUAGGAUGGCAUCUAAUAUUUUUGGACCAACUGAAGAACCUCAAAACCUACCCAAGAGGACAAAUCCUCCAGGGGGGAAAGGAAGUGGUAUCUUUGAUGAAUCGACUCCUGUGCAGACUCGACAACGUCUGAACCCCCCUGGUGGGAAGACCAGUGACAUUUUUGGGUCCCCAGUCACUGCCACUGCACCCUUGGCACACCCAAAUAAGCCCAAGGAUCACAUUUUACUGUGUGAAGGCGAAGGCUCUAAAUCUGUCCUGAAAGCUGCAACAAGCUCCAUGCCCCGAGAAGAGCCGGGUAAGAAGGACAGCCCAAGAGAAGUGAAUCAUGCCAAGAUGCCGGAGCCCACACCCACAGUUGACAGCCAUGAGCCUAGGCUGGGCCCUCGGCCUCGUUCCCAUAACAAGGUCCUAAACCCACCAGGAGGCAAAUCCAGCAUCUCCUUCUAUUGAGAAGCUCCUGCUUUGCCUAUAGCCAGACCAGACACUCAGAGAUAGGGUAUUGAAUGUUAGCAUUUCCUUUAACCCAUGUGAGUCAGGGUGGGUGAGGGUUUGUCACAACUGGGGCUGGCUGCUCGUAGGCUUUAUUGCUAUGGAGAGAACUGCACAGAGGACUUGUGCCUUCCAGACUGUCAAAUAUAUCUGUGGGAAUAAAGUGAGAAUGGUGUCCAUUCUCCAGUUCUCUAUCUGGAGCAAAACUAUAAGAAGGGGGAGGGCAGGAGAAAUGGUGCCCAGUAGCAGGAGGAUUGGUGGGAACUACCUCAUCCUUGUAUUAGCAGUCUGCUGACUGAUUGGGCAUGUAGGAACAGUUGGAAAAAAAAAAAAAAAAAACCCAGAAUACCUGUCCCUUGUGGGAUGGUGGAGGAACACAUAAGCAAAAAAUUCUUAAGAUGGGGUAGUGUCUACAUUAAGCCCUCUCUUUCAGGAUGUGCUUAUCACCAAAAUGGCUUCCACUUCUGAGAGUACCUCUGAAAUCCAGUAUCUCCUUUUCCUUUUUCCCCUCAGUAUGUCAUGUCCUACACUUUUGAAACAUCCUGAUUGCUCUUUUUGGUAGCAGUCAAGAGGAACCAAACAGUUAUCCUCAAUCUUGUCCUGUGUGGAAGGUUUUAUACCCUGAUCCUCUUGAGUUGUCCUGUUCAUGCAUCUAAAACCAUAGCCAGGUCUCAAGUAGUAGACUGUCUUCCUCUGUAGGAGCUGACUUGGUUCUUGACGUGCCAGGUUUGCUUGUGGAUUGUUCCUUCUCUUGCUCUCAUUAGCCUUAAGUAUAGAUCUUUGUUCCUCACCAGUGAUGCCGAGUUUCCCAUCUAUGGCUCUUCCUAUACAUGAGGCCCCUGGCUUAUACAGGUCCUAAAACCUCAGCUGUGUCCUGGUGCUGUGUGUAUUUGUUUUUUUUCUUGCUUUGUUCCUGUAGUUGGUGGGAAGAGCUGCUAAAGGACCUUCAGGUGUUAGGUUGGUUUCUUUACCAACAUCUGAAAAGCUAUUCUUAAGUUUCAGGUACACCAAACUCAGAAGAGCUGUCUUGGUCACCUUUAAAAAGCUUUAGAUCUCUCUAUCAUGUUCAUAAACAUUGUUCCUUAGGCCUAAAGUCACAACUGUCAUUUGACAACAGUGAUACUGGGCUGGCAUAGUUACCUUACUUCAUCUGUCAGAGGUCCCUCCUGCUCUUCCCCACAGGGUUCCAGCUUUAGUUCCCUGCUUCCUUUCUGAUGGGCAUCUGUGAGAAGAGGUUCUGAGUGAUGCCACUUUUGCUUUGAGUGCCUACAAAGUUCAUAGCAGUUGUCAGUAAUGUCCUCACUAAAUUCUGGAAAAGCAACAACUCUACAGUCUCAUUCACACUGACCUGGAUGCUUUAAGUGCCUGCAAAAGCCACUUGCCAAGCUCUGUUUCCUAUACUUGGUCCAUGAGCGGUCUGUACAUGGCUUUGACAACCAGAGUUUUCUCCCUUUAGUUGGCCUGCAAACUGGAGCCAAGAAACUCUAUUCCAUGUGAUUCUGCAAGAACUCAAAUGUGUUGUGGUUCAAAGUCAUUAAUGAGAAUGUUGUUUGGAAUUCAGAGCAUUUAUUCCAUUUUCUUAAAUGUCAUAAAUGAUGUUUAUUUAACCCAGACACUAACUUGUUUAGCUUAUAAGGAAAUACUACAGUGCUAGAAAUGAAUCACCUUUUCUAACUUAAGUAGGAAAUUAUUUGUGAAUUCCAAAUUGGAUUGUCGAGAAGAAAUCUGACCUCACUCUGGUGUCCCUGGGGUUAGCCCAGUGAGAGGAAAGCUCCCAGCUCUAUCCCCAUCAGCAGUUGGUUUACUCAACUCCCCAUCUCCCCAUUUUCUCUUUUCUUUCUCAAGGCUGGGCUCAAGGCCUGAGCAAUCUCCUUUCCUAUAAGGAGCAAAUGGGAUAUUGCCCAACUGGGUCCAGUGGCACAUGGUUAUCACCUGCAUUUGGAAGGUGCUGUUUGCAUUAGGGACUGCCUGUAUGCGGACACAUGUUGUUCUCGCCCUCCAAGCUACAUUGAGAAAUUAUUAGUCUCAUUUUUAUUAAGCCUUAAAAUUUUUUAAGUGCAUUUGGUGCCAACAUUUUUCUAGAGCUGUAUCAGAACAAGAAACCUGUCUUUACAUCACAAUGCAAUUUUGAUAGGAAUCUUUUGUUAUUUUUAUGAGGCAGAAUUGGGUAUGACAUUUGAAUUAAACUUAGUAACCAUGUA